AUGUUUCUCUUCCUUGUUGCUUUUUUGCCAGUGGUUUUUAAAAUUGGUUUUGUCAGCCUCUCAGCUCUGCAGCACUGGAACUGUCCUAAUGGAUACCGAUUAAAGCCUGAAAACUCUGCUUGUACAGAUAUUGAUGAGUGCCUUGAAGGUGGUUUGGGAACCUGUGGCCAAACCUGUAUCAAUAUUCCAGGGUCAUACAUCUGCUCCUGUUUGCCUGGCUACUCCUUGGGUAUUGACAAGCAGUCUUGCUAUGUGAACGACCCAGCACCAUUCUUGCUUUUUAGCCAUGGAAAUGCCAUCUUUAGAAUUGACACUGAAGGGACAAAUCAUGAAAGAUUGGUUGCUGAUACUGGUCCAUCAACCCUUAUGGAUUUUCAUUAUGUAGAAGAGAAAGUGUAUUGGGUAGAUUCUGAAAGGCGACUGCUUCAAAGAAUUCACCUAAAUGGCACAAAACGAGAGAGACUGUGUUACAUAGACAAAGGCAUUUCAGGAUUUGCUAUUGACUGGAUAAAUCAAGACAUUCUCUGGGCCAACAGACAGAAAGGAACCAUAGAAGCAACCGACAUGAAUGGGAAGAAACGCCGAGUUCUUCAAAGAGCUGUUGGUCGUCCCACAAGGAUUACCAUUGAUGCUGAACAAAGGCUGUUAUUUUUGUCUUCAGAUGGUACAGUUUCCAGCAUACACCGAGUAUCCCUCAGAGGAAGUGAUACGAAAAAUAUUUUGAAAACUACAGAAAAAAUAAAGGCCAUCUCACUAGAUUUGGUUGACACAAGGCUCUACUGGAUCCAACAUGACCAUGGAAAAGAGAUUUCCCAUAUUGGAUCAUGUGACUAUGAUGGUGGAGCUGUUAGCUUCCUCAGAAAUUCUGUCCGUCAUCAAUUGCUUGGUAUGUCUGUCUUUGCUGAGCACCUAUAUUACUCAGACAUGAAGUCUGGCAUGAUAUGGAGAGCCAACAAAUAUACUGGAAACGUUGUAGUCACAAUUAGCCUGAAGCCAUCAUUUUUCCCACCAGUGGAGAUAAAAAUAGUACAUCCAUUUAAGCAGCCAGGUGCAAGGAUUGAUUCUCAGGAUUUGGAAAAAGAAAUCUGUGAUUUGAACAGAGAAAAGUGCAGAAGAAUCUGCAGGCCAGACUCAAGGACUCAUCGGUGUAAAUGUUCUAGUGGCUUUAUUUUAAGUCGAAAUAAACAGUUUUGUGAAGACAUUAAUGAAUGUGGCUUCUGGAACCACGGCUGCACUUUAGGCUGUGUGAACAUGCCUGGCUCCUAUUACUGCACCUGCCCAAGAGGCUUUGUUCUGCUGCCUGAUAGGAAAACCUGUCAUGAGCUAAUUACCUGUACAAGUAAUGACACCGGAUGUAGUCAUGGCUGCCUUCAAACAUCUAAAGGUGCUGUUUGCUUUUGCCCAGAAGGAUCUGUACUCAAAGCAGAUGGCAAAACAUGCACAGGUUGUACAUCUCCAGAUAAUGGUGGCUGCAGUCAGAUAUGCUCUUCUUUAAGCCCAUCCUCCUGGGAGUGUGCUUGUUUUCCUGGAUAUAAGCUUCAGCGAGACAGAAAGCACUGCACUGCUAUAGGUCCAAAGCCAUUUUUGUUAUUUGCAAAUGGCCAAGAUAUCCGCCAGAUCAGUUUUGAUGGAACAGAUUAUACAAGUUUACUUGACUGGCAGAUGGGAGUAGUCUUAGCACUGGACUCUGACCCAGUGGAAAAUAAGAUUUACUUUGCCCACACCGCCUUGAAAUGGAUAGAACGAGCUAAUCUGGAUGGUUCAGACCGUGAAAAGGUUAUUCAUGGAGCUAUAGAUACACCCGAAGGCCUUGCUGUGGACUGGAUUAACCGUAAAUUGUAUUGGACAGACAGAGGGAAGGUGUGCAUUGAAAGGAGCAAUCUGAAUGGAAUGCAAAGAAAAAUGAUCAUCUGGGAGGAUCUCUCCCAACCCCGAGGGAUUGCCAUUCACCCAUUUGCUAAGAGAUUAUUCUGGACUGACAUGGGGGUCAAUCCACAGAUUGACAGCUCUUCAUUAGAAGGCUUCGAUCGCCGGGUGGUAGCCAGCACUGGCCUGGUGUGGCCCAGUGGAAUUGCUCUUGACUACUUGGCUGACAAGUUGUACUGGUGUGAUGCUAAACAGGCCAUGGUUGAGAGUGCAAACCUGGAUGGUUCUGGUCGUCGAAUUCUUGCACAGAAUGAUGUAGGCCACCCUUUUGCUGUAGCGGUGUUUGAGGACCACCUGUGGUUUUCUGACUGGGCUAGGCCAUCACUAGUGAGGGUGGACAAGAAGACCGGCCAAAACAGGGUACGUCUUCGAGGCAGCAUGCUGAGACCCUCAUCAAUGGUUGUAGUUCAUCCUUUGGCGAAACCAGGGACAAAUCCUUGCCUUUAUGAGAAUGGAGGGUGUGAUCAGAUCUGUGAAAACAGUUUUGGAAUUGUCCACUGCAAGUGCCAUCCAGGAUUUGGAAAAACUCAAGAUGGAAAAUCCUGUCAUGCUCUGGAUUCUUCCAAUUCAACGGCAGAAAGGGUCUCUGUGCAUAAGGAGGUAAUGCCAAUACCACCACAAGAGACUGUACUCCAGAGCAAACAGAGCACUGGGAUUUUUAAGGAUGCAGACAAUGGGGAAAAGCAGAAAAUAAAUUUUUUUAUGGCUGAAAUAAUGAUAUCAGAUGAAGAUGACUGCGCUGCACUAGAAUGUUAUGUCAAUACAGAGUGUGUUUUACUGGAAGAUGGUGCUAUGUGCCAGUGUUUGAAAGGAUUUACCAGGAAGGGGAAAUCAUGCUAUGAUGUUGAUGAGUGUGCUGUACACACGGACCACUGCAAUCGAAGCGUGUCAGACUGUAUCAAUACGGAAGGGGGCUACGUCUGUAAAUGCCUGGAAGGCUACACUGGAGAUGGAGUCCAUUGCUAUGAUAUUGAUGAGUGCAAGACGGGGUCCCACACCUGUGGAGAGAACAUGACAUGCACAAAUACAGAAGGAAACUUCACUUGCUUGUGUGCUGAUCAUGCUGCUGGAACUGGCAUCAGUUGCAAAUCUGCUGUUCCCCCAACUGUGGUCAGCAAUGAAUACACUACCAAUGCUGUGCAAGGUGAUAUUAUAGGAUGUCCUCCUUCGUAUGAGUCAUACUGCCUCCAUGGUGGAGUGUGCAAUUAUGUUUCUGAUCUACAAGACUAUGCCUGCAACUGUGUGACGGGGUACGUGGGGGAGCGCUGCCAGUUCAGCGACCUGGAGUGGUGGGAGCAGCAGCGCUCCGGGCGGGCCAAGGUGCGGAGCAUCGCCAUGACGGCCUGCGCCGCGGGGCUGGCCCUGCUGGCCCUGCUGGUGGGCGGCCUGGCUGCCUACUGCCACAGAACUCAGAAUCUGUAUAAGAAGAAUCUCUGUGCAGAAGCGAUAAGAGCCGCCAGCAGCCGCGCUGACAAUGAGACCGUAACACCUACUGGCAACAAGUCUCUGUUUGAAGUUUUUAAGAAGGGUAACAGUUCUCUGGAGACUAAAGCAAUUGAUCUAAUUGAGUGUGAGACAGCAGAUCCUCAUCCUGCCUGUCCUUCAGAAUCUGCAGAAGAACAGCCUGUAACAUAUGACAAAGCAGCAGAGACUUUGGCAGAAGAGGAGAAAGAGCAAGACCACCGAAAAGAGGGUCCUGUUGGAGAGAAGCCACCUCAGUCCAUGGGAGUGGCAAAGGGCCCUCCCCAGGCUCCCAGGAGCAUCCAUCCCAACCCCCUGCCAGUAAGGGAGCCUUGCAAUCUUGCCCCAGCCAGCUUGCUGAUGCAGCCAGACUAG